UAACGGGGGAGCCCGGCGCUGCGCAACCUCGGGAAAAAAAAACACGCGGCGCCCUCGCACGGAGAGCUGCGCCGGGGUUAUGAGACCGUCACCGCGCAGGAGAAGCUGAGCAACGGAGAGGCUCACCAUGACCAAGUCGUACAGCGAGAGCGGGCUGAUGGGCGAGCCCCAGCCCCAGGGCCCCCCGAGCUGGACGGACGAGUGCCUCAGCUCCCAGGACGAGGAGCACGAGGUGGACAAGAAGGAGGAGGACCUGGAGGCUCUGCAGGCCGAGGCCGAGGAGGACUCGCUGCGGAACGGCGAGGAGGAGGACGAGGAGGAUGACUUGGACGAAGAGGAGGAAGAAGAGGAGGAGGAGGAGGACGACGACCAGAAGCCCAAGAGGCGGGGCCCCAAGAAGAAGAAGAUGACCAAGGCGCGCAUGGAGCGGUUCAAGCUGCGGCGCAUGAAGGCCAACGCCCGGGAGCGGAACCGCAUGCACGGCCUGAACGCGGCCCUGGACAACCUGCGGAAGGUGGUGCCCUGCUACUCCAAGACGCAGAAGCUCUCCAAGAUCGAGACCCUGCGCCUGGCCAAGAACUACAUCUGGGCGCUGUCCGAGAUCCUGCGCUCGGGCAAGAGCCCCGACCUGGUCUCCUUCGUGCAGACCCUCUGCAAGGGCCUGUCGCAGCCCACCACCAACCUGGUGGCCGGCUGCCUGCAGCUCAACCCGCGGACUUUCCUUCCCGAGCAGAGCCAGGAGGUGCCGCCCCACGUGGCGGCGGCCGGCGCCCCCUUCCCGGCCCACCCCUACCCCUACCAGUCGCCCGGCCUCCCCAGCCCGCCCUACGGCACCAUGGACAGCUCCCACCUCUUCCACCUCAAGCCGCCGCACGCCUACGGCGCCGCGCUGGAGCCCUUCUUCGAGAGCGGCCUGGCGGAGGGCGCCAGCCCCGCCUUCGACGGGCCGCUCAGCCCGCCCCUCAGCGUCAACGGCAACUUCUCCUUCAAGCACGAGCCGGCCGCCGACUUCGACAAGAGCUACGCCUUCACCAUGCACUACCCCGCCGCCGCCGCGCUGGCCGCCGCGCCCGCCCACGCCGCCAUCUUCCCGGCCGCCGCCUCCCGCUGCGAGAUCCCGGUCGACGGCCUGGCGCCCUACGAGGGCCACCCCCACCACGAGCGGGUCCUCAGCGCCCAGCUCAACGCCAUCUUCCACGACUGAGCCUCCCCUCCCACCCCGCCGGGGUAUGGAGACGGGAAGAGCCGAGCCCAGCCGCCCCGCCGGCGGCCACCGCCUUGUUUACAGGGGGCAGCCCGGCGGGUCCCGCCGCUGCCUUCGGGGGCCGCCGCGUCCCCGCUCACCGGCUGUCUUGCUUCCGCUCCUCGGAGCGACGCUGUCGAUUUGGGGUAGGGGCAUUGGGAUCGCGUCAAUUACCUGAUCGGGAUAACAAAAUCACAAGCAAUAAUUAGGAUCUAUGCAAUUUUUAAACUAGCGAUGGGCCAAUUACAAAAUAUAUAUGAAAUCUAUAUUUUUCAACCAACCUUUUACUACUUGUUACCUUUCCCAUGCUGAAUUAUUUUGUUGUGAUUUUGUACAGAAUUUUUAAUGACUUUUUAUAACGUGAAUUUCCUAUUUUAAACCAUGCAGCUUCAUCAAUUUUUAUACAUAUUGGAAAGGUAGAAUUAUAUCUAAUUUAUACAAAAUAAUUUAACUAAUUUAAACCAGCAGAAAAGUGCUUAGAGAAGUUACGUUGCCUUAGCACUUCUUUCCUUUCAAAUAGUUGAAGAAGAAAAAAAAAAUGCACAAUCCGGGCAAUUUCUUUCCCAUGAAAGUAUCUUUUUUUUUUCCUUUUUUUUAAUUUUCUUUUUUUUCUUUUUCCUUUCCCCCUACAACGAGAACCAGAUCCCCUAGGUCUUGAGAAGAUAUAAGAACGAGAGACUUAUUUUCUAUUAAAACAUAUCAAUUCAACACAUUACUUGCACAAACUUGUAUAUAAAGAUUAUAAAGCAAAUGCCAACACCCUUUUUAAAUCGAAAGCUGCUUGACUAUCACAUACAAUUUGCACUGUUUCUUUUUAGUCUUUGAACCCCUUGGCAUUCCGUGGUUUUUUUGAAGAGAACUUGAAGAUGUUAAUGUUUCCAGGCGAUAUAAAUGCAUGAUUUUAUACAUGUUCACACAAUCCGUGGUUGUCAUAUGUUCAUCUUAUAAAUCGGAACCUAAAACUAAUCAGGUUGUUAAAGUCGGGCUAUAUACCUAUUGUAGUCGAUUAGUACGGUAGCUUGAAACAAAUUCAAACCAUUUAAUCCGUAAUUAGAACAAUAGCUAUUGCAUGUACAAUGCAGUCCAGAAUAAGUGCUGUUUGAAAUGUAACGCUGGUUCAACUGGAAUCAAUCUGUACUGUAAUUUUGUUUGUAAUCCUGUAUAUUAUGGUGUAAUGCACACUGGGAUUUUAGAAAAACAUCCAUCCUUUGGCAACAACAUAGUAUUGAACAUUUGGUCGAAUGUUGCAUUUCUCCUUAAAUGUGAUUAUUAUUUUUUUUUCUUAGUGUAAGUAAUUCCUAUGGGAUUAUUGUUUUAUUCGGAUAGCUCAUGAAAGGUGCAACACUUAUUAUUUGUAGAAUAAAAUUGGACUUAAAAAAAA